AGCAGGAAGGAUCGGAACGAAAGCUUCCCGGAACCCGCGUGGCUGGCUGCGCUUCCUAUAGCGGCUGGUCCUCUCUCGGCUUCCGCUUCCGGGUGGCGCUGCGUCCUGAGCAGGGUCGCGGAGCGGGCAGGUAUGGGACACGGAAAUGAACACGGCCAUGGCCAUGGCAAAAUGGAACUCCCUGACUACAGGCAGUGGAAGAUAGAGGGCACCCCACUGGAGGAGGUCCAGAGAAGGCUGGCUAAGCGGGGUCUUAGGGAUCCGUGGGCUCGUAAUGAAGCCUGGAGAUUUAUGGGUGGCUUUGCAAAACCUGUCACCAUAACAGAAGUCUUUACUAGAGGACUCAAGUGGGGAUUUGCAGCUUUUGUCAUAGCUCUUGGCAUUGAAUAUACACUGUUUCCUCCAAAGAAAAGUGGAGGCCAUCAUUGAAGAUCAAAUAUGACAACUUAAUACUUACUAAUUGUAAGCUGAAACACACAUAAGCCUGCUGCUCACUCUGUACUUAUAAUAUGCAUAUUAAAGUCUAUCACAGGCAAAACCA